AUGUCGACGAAGGAGCUUGAAGAUGCGAGAAGCCGACUUGUACCCGUAAAAGACGAGCCGCCGGCGAGACAACGACCGCGGGACCACUCUAAGCCAGACCCAAUAGAAGCGCUGCGAGCUGCGCCGGAGGCUGCUGUGUACGAAGCACUCGAAGUCUUGCGCGGGCAGCCGAAGAGCUUCGAGAAGGUGGCGACGAUCAUAACGCACUUGGUUACUGACCGCGAUGUCGAAUUGAGCCCCGCGCUGUACGAGCACUUGGUCGUCGCCAUGGCAGAUGUUCAGGGUUCCGCAGCGAUGCUGGCACAGCUGUUUGCGGAGAUGAGGGAGCUGCACUUGGCGCCCUCGCCGGCCAUUCACCAUGCAGCACUCGCGGCUCUUGCGGUUCACCCCGAUUACAUCGUCCGAAACGAGGUCCUCGCAGCCAUGAAACAGUCCUGGACGGAAAUCAACCCGGAAGCAGACGGCCAUGUCGCCCUCGGCCUCCUACGCGACGGGCAGUUCGAGCUCGCCCUCGACAAGCUGGAGAGCAUGAUCGACAACCACAUCCCCGUGCAGCCGUGGGUCUACGACAUCUUCAUCUUCAUGUUCGCGCAGCGCGGGUUCGUCGAGGAAGCCGUCCGGCUGGCGCACAGCAAGGCGCACACCACCGCGGCCGCCGACGACUCCGCCGAGAGCCCGCUGUCCAUGUGGCACAUGCUCCUGGAUGUUUGCAGCCAGGCGUACCAUUACGAGGGCACGCGGUACGUCUGGGGCCGGCUGUACGAGGCGGACAGGUAUGCCUUGCCCGAGGGCGUGCUGCUGAACAUCAUUAACACGGCGGCGCGGCACCACGAUUUUGAGCUGGUCACAAACGCGAAUAAGCUGAUUGCGCAGAGGGGCGGGAAGUUGCAGGCGCAUCACUACGAGCCGCUUAUCGAUUGCUACGGCGGGGUUGGCGAUUUGGAGGGCGCGCUGAGGGUGUUGUGCAUCAUGUUCAACGCCAUCUCCGUCGCGCCGUACGCCAGCGCGCGCUCGAUCUAUGAGUGGGUCAAGAAGGAGCCGGAGAGCCUGGAUUCAGCCCUCGAGGCGCUGGCUGCGUUGAAGAAGGAGUAUAAGAUCCCGAUAGCGGCGCUGAAUGUGCUCGUCGAGGCUGCGGUGGAGACGCAUGGGUAUGCCAAGGCGCUGGAGAUUUACAGGAAUGCCCCUAAUUACACGGAGGCUCCCCCGAACCACGUUACGGUGCGGUAUCUCUUGCAAGCCUGCGAGGACGCGGAGGCGCGGCGGAUGCUGGUAGCCGAGGACCCGGAGCUGGCGCUCAAGGGCGACCGGCAGGUCUUUGCAGACGUUAUCUUCGAGCAUGUCAUGGCGGGCGACCUCGACAUGGCGUACAAGUGCGUGGAGAUGCUGGGCGACGCUCCCGACCCGGAGACUGGCGCCAAGCCCGAGGCGUGGAUCAGCCAGCAGACGUUGCUGGUGCUUGUGAGGAAGUCUCUGGAUGCGCAGGAUGAGCGUGUCUGGUGGUUGGUGGAGCAGGCGGAGAAGAGGAACAUGGACGUCCAGUCUGGCAUUGCGAAGCUGAUGGCGUCGUUUGCGGAGCAGGUGAAGAGGACUACAGGGCUGGGAGAGGAGACUGGUGGGUUGGAGGACGAUUCUGACGAGAGGCAUCCUUGGACGUCGUGA